CCUCAUCACACAUCCACCUUGCACAAUAUGUCAUCUCGCUGGGACAGCGGCCCAUCUGGCUCACCACCAGCGAGCAGUGACCCUGCUGCUGCCGCUGCCGCCGCCGCUGCCCGCAUUGCUGCGCAGUAUGGCGUCAAGAAGGAGGAAAGUCCAGCUUCGUCGUCCGCGGCUGGUGGUGGUAGCGGUGGAGCAGACAAGAAGAAGGAGACGAGCGAUGCGCCAUUUCAGCAUCACUUUGACGUGAACGAUGUCAAGAAUCGCUACCUCGUCACCAAAGCAGCAACGCAGCAACGCAUCCACGAGGAGACGGGCGCAUCCUUGACAACGAAAGGUGUCUGGUACCCAGAUCGCAAUCUGGCCACCGCCGAUAAUCCUGCGCUCUUCAUCCACGUCGAAGCUCAGACGCAGGAGAUGCUUGACCAAGCUUUGGCCAAGAUCCAAGAGGUCAUCGACAGCGAAGCUCCGCAGCUCAUUGAGGAGCGCGGCAUGCGUGGUCGUGCCCCUCAGCCGUCCCAAGAGCGUCCUAUGGGCGGAGGGUGGGGAGCUCGCGGCGGAAAGUGGCCCGAAGAGAAGAUUGCUAUUGGGCUGGACACGCUCAGGAACUUCAAUGUUCGAGCCAAGAUUGUUGGUCCAGGCGGUAUCUUCGUCAAGUACAUUCAGGCUGAGACGGGCACCCGCGUCCAAAUCAAAGGGAGAGGCUCAGGGUACAUCGAGACAGACACAGGUCGUGAGGGAGAUGAGGAUAUGCACAUCAACAUCGCCGGGCCGGACGAGCAGCAGAUGGCUGAGGCGAAGCGGCUGGCUUUGGAUCUGCUCGAUGCAGUCAGCGACGAGUGGGAGAAGUCAAGGGUCGUGCUUGAGCAGCAAGGAUACUACGUGCCGCCGGCGAGGGGAAGAGGUGGGAGUGCUGCGGCUGGUCAGUCGGCCGGUGGAGCAGCGGGAGCGCCUACGGGGCCUGCGGUAGGCGGCUACGGCGGACAGGGGCCUGCCUCUGGUGGUUAUGGUGGGCAGGCGGCCGGUGUUGGGCAUGGCGGGUACGGCGCACAGCGCGACGGUGCUGGAGCAGCUACCGCUGCCGCUGUGCCCGCAGCGGCAGCCAAGUCUCCCGAAGAGGAAGCACUGGACAAGUACUGGGCCGACUACAUCAAGUGGGAGGACAGCUUCAAGGCCUACCACGGUCGGCUCCCAUCCAAAGAGGACGGGGGUCAGGACGUACCACCGCAAUAUCGCAAAUGAAUUUGACCAACUCUUUCUUGCCCAUCUAUGCUGG